CGGAUGCAGCCAAAGAGCCACCAGCCAACUUGCAUUACUUGCCUACCUAUCUUCUCCAUACUUUCCGUCACCACCUCAAUUCCUCUUAGAACAGACAUAGUUCCAGUUCUUCUUGCAUUGAAUAUAUCUGCAUGCCGGCUCUAACAAAUCUCGACGUGAUCGCGCUCGUCGACUCGUUUCCCUACCCGCACGACGCGUCCGCGUAUUCCGCCUCGCUAGCCCAUCUGUACAAGUUCAUGAGCCACGAUCUGAAAGGGAACCUGGGAUAUGUGUUGGCGUCCACGAUUGAGAAGUUGAGGGUGUAUCAUCCGGAGAAAUUGGUGAUUGAUGAUCUGGAUCAGACGAUCAGCAUUGCGCCCGCGUUUGACACGUUCGAGAAGAGGACGAAGAUGAUGGCUGAUCUUGCGCUGGAGUGGAGGAAAGAAGGGAAGUUUGAGGUUCUAAAAGGCUGGCGGGAAGAGCAGUACGCGGUGUACUAUCCCUCGCGCGAGCUCUACUUCACGUUCGAGCGAUCCGCAUGCUCUGUCCUCGGCCUGGUCACCUACGGCGUCCAUAUAAUCGGCUACAUCCCCGCCACCGACACGGCCCCGCUACGCCUCUGGGUUCCGCGCCGAUCAAAGACAAAGUCGACGUACCCCGGCAUGCUCGACAACACCGUCGCCGGCGGCAUCGGGUAUCCGUACGGUGUCUUUGAUACGCUGAUCAAAGAGUGCGGUGAAGAGGCCGGUUUUGACGCGCAGCUUAUAAAAGAGCGGGCGAAGAGCGUCGGCAGCGUGAGUUAUCACUAUCUACGCACUGCCGCGGCAGGCGGCGAGAGCGGGUUUUUGCAGCCGGAGGUGCAGUAUACGUAUGAUCUCGAGCUGGACGAGAGCUCGCCAAAGCCGAAGCCGGUCGAUGGCGAGGUCGAGGAGUUUUAUCUGUGGGAUGUGGACACGGUGCGGCAAGAAAUCGCGGCGGGAAACUUCAAGCCGAAUACGGCGCUCGUCACGAUCGAUUUUCUUAUACGCCACGGUAUAAUAACUGCUGAGAACGAGCCAGAUUUCCUGGAAAUCGUGUCGCGAAUGCAUCGGCAGAUCGAGCAUCCUCUCAAGUAAUUUGAUGCUCAAAGGCAGAUAAUAUAGAUCUCUUGCAUACAUAUCAAACUUUGUCGCUCAAGAAUGACUAUUUGUUGGAUGAUCGUAGCGUGUAUAUUCCCUGA